CAAUAGUCCCCAGGGCCAGGUCAACCUCAAGCCCCAGAUCCAACCUUACUGCAGUCUCCCAGCGACGGUACUCUCUCAGUCGCCAGCGGCGGCGCGAUCAAGUUUCCAAUCGGUUCUCUUCUCUUUGCUCUACCAACGUUGACCUAUUUUUGUAAAUGUUCUCCUUGAAGCACUUUCUGAUUGACCUGAAUACCCAAAUUGUAUUUCAACUUCUGGACAGCUCUUCCUAUUCAGAAACAUUCAGCCACACUGCCUCCAGACAAUUAUCACAAAUGUUCUUUGCAAUACUCUUCUUUCAUGGCUCUGAAUACCUUUUAGCAAUCAAAUUUCAUGGGAAAUCCAAUGUAACUCUUAAAUCCCUCUUAAUCAGCCAACACUACAUCUUUGCAAUGAUCUUUUCUGUUCUUGAAUACUUACUCGAACUAUACUUUUUCCCUGAACUAAAAGAAAACUGGUGGGUAAGCAAUUUAGGACUUUUGAUGGUUAUCUUUGGGGAAAUCAUAAGAAAACUUGCAAUCAUAACUGCUGGAAGAGCUUUCACUCAUUUAAUUCAAAGACAUCAUGAGGAUCAUCAUAGACUUGUAACUCAUGGAGUUUAUAGCAUUGUUCGUCAUCCAGGGUACACAGGAUUCUUGAUUUGGUCAGUUGGGACUCAAAUAAUGCUGUGUAAUCCUGUUUCAACUGUUGGGUUUUCAUUAGUUGUAUGGAACUUUUUUCAUAGAAGAAUACCAUAUGAGGAGUUCUUUUUGAGACAGUUUUUUGGGGUGGAGUAUGAUGAGUUUGCUAAAAGGGUUCCUUCUGGGAUUCCGUUUGUGAAGUGAUAAAACUAAUAGAUUGCCAUUUGUGUCUUCAUCAUGAAGUUUUGACUAUUCUACCAUGGCAGGUUGAAGCUCUGGAUGUUGUAAAUUAUGGAAAAUGUGUUUGUUUAGAUUAUGUGUUUAUGAUUGGAAGAUUUAGUAUGACAAAUUGGUAGGUAUACUUUUGUUGCUUGAGAAAUUGAUAUGAUGUUAUGUUAGUGUUAACUUAUAAUAACCUAUUGGGUCAAACUUUAAAUUGAAUCAGAUUUAGGGUUUUUAUUAUAUUUUUUGGAAUUUGGAG